CCGCGUCUGACGUCAUGUACAAGCUUCUGAUCUUACUACAGUCCAUACUUGUGGUACACCUGAUCACCACAUAUGCACAAGUGCUUAAUUAACACGGAUAAUCCAGAUCGGCUCUUAUAUCUAGCAAACGAAGGUCGUCUGAUUGUCGCAGCAAAGGAUCGAUUGCUUGUUGUUCAUCCCGAGACGCUGAAUAUAGUAAAAGAUGUGGCCGUGAAGCCUUCUGAAGAUACAAUAACGACAUGCCUAAAUAAAGGAAGAACACAAGAAUUCUGUGCUAACUACCAUCGUGUGCUUCUAUCCAAAGACAACGACACUUUGCUUGUUUGUGGAACAAACGCUUUUUCUGUUCAUUGUGAUUUCCAAUUUGCAUCAAAUCUUUCUGUGACUUCAGAGCAAGUGCCAACUGAUGGACCAUACCAGCAGCUGUCUGUGCCGAUUGACUUCUCUCUGUCUACGGUUGAUCCUUCGGCAGGCAACGUUGCAGUGAUGUUGGAUGGCAUGUUUUAUUGUGCCAUUAAAUACGAUAGCACGAUACCCAAUAUGUUCUUCAAAGUAAAACUAAAUGGAUUGAGUCUAACGAGAACCAAGUCAAGCAGCGAUGACUGGAUUUCAAGCAAAGACUUCUAUCUGAUCAAAUUGUUCGAGUACGGAGACAGCGUCUUCCUUGUCUACAGAGAGCAAGCCACAGAAGCACCCAACAGCGAUGUCAUAUACACACGCAUCGCAAAAGUGUGCAAGAAUGAUAUUGGAACUGGUAGUAACGUGCUGUACUCUUGGCAAUGGAAGACGUUUGUGAAGACGACCCUGAAAUGCUCGCAGAAAUACAGCUCCACGAUGCAAUACUCAUACGAGAUAGUGUCCGUAUCAGACGUUUUCGAGUUCAACGGACGGGCGCACAUCGUCGGUGUUUUCAGAAACAUCGUGAAAGGACCGCCUGCGUCUGUCGUGUGCGUCUACGCGAUGGACGACAUUGUGAGCAACUACAACAAUCCAUAUUUAUACAAAUCAUCAACAAACGAGUGGGUCAAGUCGUUCAAUAUCCCGUCCAUCAAUUGUAACAACAUUGGACCGCGUCCGAGCUUGUACAUUUUGAUUUCUCAGCCGGUGACUCAACAGGCAAGCAUGCCGCUUCUUCUCAACUCAUACACAGAGUCGAGUUUGCGUUUGAGUCACGUCGUUGUCGUGCCGUCUGUGAUGGCGUUGAAUGGCAGUGAGUGUUUUGUGUUGCUACUCGGAACCGAGGAUGGGUAUGUGGAAUGCAGCUGGAGCUGUGGGCUUUAUGCGAAAUUUUUUAUAAGGAGAGAGUUUUUGAUGGCGAGAAGGCGGUGAAGGGAAUGACGAGAGUUAAGUUGUCAGGACGAAGAGAAGACGUUCUGCAAAUAGUCGUGGAUCUGCACACACGGCUGCUGUGUCAUCAUUCUCGG